AUGAUGAAUGAUAUACUCUAUGCUGUUGAACAAGCCAGAUUGAACAUGCAACGUGAAGGAUCAGGUUCCAGUAAUCGUACUCAGACUUAUGAAGAACCGGCUCACAACACUCAUACCAUAUGGAAUGCUCCCACUCAUUGCUUUAUUUCACGUACACCACUCCCACACGAGAUGCCACCGGUGAUUGACAGAACAAUUUCACGAGAUCCCAGAAUCGAGCCACCUUCAAUUGAAGAAUGCAUUCAAGCACACUCCGAUCCAAUACUACCUCCUCAUCCACGCGCUGGCCAAUAUCCGAGAUAUUACUCGCGUGCAAUGGUGGCUUACUGUGAAGAUGUGUAUUGGACCUAUAAUAUUGGUCGACUUCCCCCCGGAGUUCAUAUGCCACCUCGUCCUCGUGAUUGGAUGUCUAGAAGAAUGGCACCUCCUGAAGAUUUCAAUUAUGUUCCACCUCCUGGUAAUCCUUCUAUCCCAAUCCCUCCAGAAGCAAUGGCUCUACAUGAAGAAAGAGUAAGAGCUCACAGAGAAGCUGAGCGAAGAGAGAGUUUCAGCCCGGAAAUAGAUGUUUGUCUUUAA